AUGGAGGAACGAGCGCGCAUCCCAGUCGCGCCACCCGUCACCAACCCACUGCCUUCGUACUGGCACGACCCCAAAUCUCAUCUUGCAAACGUCACUGAGCCAAAAGCUACAACGGCUACACAUACCUACGACUAUGUCGUCAUCGGAUCCGGCAUCUCAGGCACAAUGACCGCCUACAAUAUCCUCAACACCUGGCCAGACGCACGCGUGGUGAUGUUGGAAGCACGUGAAGUCUGUUCAGGCGCCACGGGUCGCAACGGUGGACAUACCAAAGCGGCAAGCUACCGCAGCUACACACAUCAUGUGCAAGAGCUUGGCAAAGAAGAGGCAUUAAAGAUCGCGAGACUAGAAUAUGCCAACAUUGUUGAGACGCAUCGUAUGGCGGAGGAACUGGGCUUGAACUGCGAGAGUAAGUUGUGUAACACAGUCGAUCUUGUCUACGAUAAGCCUACUUUUGAAGCUGGCAAAAUGGCUAUUCAGAUGCUGCGGGUCGAUGCAGAGGAGAAGGAGAAGGAAGUGGGAAAUGCUGCAUGGUACCAGAUCCAUGAAGACAUCGCGGACAUACAAAACAAGUUCUCUGUGGCAGCGGAAAACAGUAAUCCGACAAUCGAGACGAAAGAGAAGCUGGCGGGCGCCUUCGAAUACCUAGCCGGCAGAAUCCACGCAUAUCGUUUUACGACCGGGUUGUUGACGAAGUGUGUCAAGAAAGGGCUACAGCUAUGCACGAACACGCCAGUCCACGACAUCCGUCCCUCGGCGAAAUCGGAAAGCGAGGGUGGUAACCGCUGGGAUGUGUGUACUCAAAAAAGCACCAUCACGUCCAAGAACGUCAUCAUCACAACUAACGGCUACACACCCUACAUUAUGAAGGAGCUGCAAGGAGCCAUCGUGCCAAUGCGUGGACAAAUCACCGCACAACAACCAGGAACUUCAACGAAGCUUCCAACUCCACUACCGACAACAUACUCAUUCAUCUACCGCGAUGGCUACGAGUACAUGAUCCCCCGGCCCCUGCCAGACGGAGGACAGCACAUCGUUAUUGGUGGUGGGUUGGGCCGUCUACCUCAGACCGGUCCGAGCGAGUACGGGACGGUUGACGAUAGUACCUUGAAACCAGAGAUCUCCAAAUACCUCAACGAGAGCUUGACUGGGUAUUUCGGCGCCGAGAACUGGGGUGAGACGUCUAAAGAAGAGGCAUCGCGCCGCAUAGUACAGGAGUGGACAGGAAUUAUGGGCGCGACGGCUGACGGACGACCGUUUGUAGGCGAGGUGCCAGGUAAAGAGGGCCUGUGGAUAUCCGCGGGGUUUAAUGGCCAUGGUAUGGUGUUGUGUUUGAAGUCUGCGGAGGCGUUGGUGAAGAUGAUGGAAGCUGGAAGUAUGAAUGGGAAACCAGAGUGGUUUCCUGGGAGCUUUUUGAUGACACAAGAACGAUUGGAGAAGUGCAAUUUUCGUGGUCGUACCGAUAUGCAGGUAUCUGACUGA